AUGGGCUUUUACACGGGUUUGUUUUGCAGACUGGUAUCUUUGCUGAAGACCCAUUUCCCGCGGGAUGGUGAUGGCUGGAAUCUUAUCAAGAUUCACGGCCUAAGUCAUAUCCCGGAGGCCAUUCGCCGUGGUGGACACCCGCGCGAGUAUUCAACAGCCGCGUAUGAGAACGCGCACGUUCGUGCCGUCAAGCAGCCGUUUCGGAGCUCCAACAAGCGCGACUACGAGACGGCCAUCUUGCAAGGGAAUGCAACACAGGAGGCAAUGCUGUCGCUGCCUCCUGCAGUUCCUGAACGGCCUCGCAAGUACAUGACGGCCGCCAAACGGGCUCGUACCACUGGCAGGCAAGCAUUGACCAACAGCGCGGCCACCAUGCGGGUGUCAGCCCCACCACACGCACCGGAGGCCCCUCUGCUUCAACAGUACAUGGAUGUCACCGCAGGGAGUCUCGAUGCGUACCGCAACGUCAUGCAGCGGCAUGGAUACAACAUCGCCGAGACUCAGAGGGAGAUGGGGACAGCGGGAGAUGGGGACAGCGGGAAAUGGGGACAGCGGGAGAUGGGGACAGCGGGAAAUGGGGACAGCGGGAGAUGGGUAAAGGGAGAGAUGGAUCAGCGUGUGAUGGGGAUAGGGAGAGAUGGGACAGAGGGGCAUGGGGACAGGGAGAGAUGGGACAGAGGGAGAGGGGGACAGCAGGAGAUGGGACAGAGGACAGAGUGGGAUUGGGUUGUGAGUACAUUGUGGGGCGAGCACAGAGAGGGGAGUGAUGACAGAGAGGGGUGUGAUGACAGAGAGGGGUGUGAUGACAAAGAGGGGUGUGAUGACAGAGUGGGGUGUGAUGACAGAGAGGGGUGUGAUGACAAAGAGGGGUGUGAUGACAGAGAGGGGUGUGAUGACAGAGAGGGGUGUGAUGACAGAGAGGGGUGUGAUGACAGAGUCCAUCGGGCGGUCGUGUUGCCAGCACGGGAUGUGCGCACGGGCGAGCCCUCGGCGGUCUAUGCGCGCGCAGUACCUUCGCACCACGGAUCCCCCGCGUUCUCCUGUGUGGAGUAUGGUGCGGUAGACACCGAGCAUCUAUGCCGCUCACAAUCUCUUCAUCGCGUCCAUCUGCCGUCGCUGGCGGCGUCUCGCUCAGAGGCAUGUUUCGACGCUUCUCACCGCGCAGUUUCUCGUCAGGAUGUCCUCACCGCCGUCGCUUGCUUCCCGAAUUUAUCCCACCUGCAUCUGUCCGACGGAAGUGUUGAAACGCUGGACAACUCAUUUCUAGCUGACCUCGCCUCCUCAUAUCCUGGGUUGAGAGCGCUGCACGUGGGCAAGUUGAUGAUGGCAGCGGACGACGGACAGCACGGAAGGAGGGACCGCUUUAUAACCGAAUCUGGUUUGGACUAUUUCUUCCGUCGCUGCCCUCAGCUAGAGCAGCUGUCGCUCCGCCUUUCGUCCCUCACUGCACUCUCCAUUGAAGCCUCCUCUCUUCACUACGACCAGCUUUCCAGCCUCCUUCAACUCACCAACCUCAUCCGCCUCUCCUUGCCGGAUGACAUUCGCGUCGUUUCACCGGAUCCUCCUGCCUUCUCGCUCGCCCAGCUACCCUCUCUCGGGUCUCUCAAGUUUGGACUGCACGGUGCUCAGUUCAGUGUUUUUCCCCCUCUUGGAUCGCCAUACAGCUUCCUGAAACGCCUGCAGCUUAACGAGUGCUUCAGCCAAGAGCGGAUUCCAGACAGUGUAGGAGAGGUGCUGCCACGCCUCCAAGAGCUCAGCAUCAGCGGCCAAAGCUUCAGGGACUUGACUGAUCAUUUCACCUCCCUCACCUGCUUGGAGAGCUUGACCAUUUCCUCAGGCCUCGUACUCACUCUACCUGAAAACUUUGGGAAUCUUCCAGCUUUGAAGGCGCUGUUGCUGCAGGAGCAACCGCUUUGCCAUCUCCCGGCUUCCUUCACUAGACUCGCAUCGCUGGAGUCGUUUUGCUUGCGUGACUGCAUGGGGGUGGAGAAGCUACCUGCAGGGUUUGGCAACCUCACUGCACUGCAGACUCUCAGCCUUGCGUGGCUGAUGAAACUGGACCUUCGAGAAGACUUGGGGGGGCUGACCAAUCUUCAAAUCUUCCAUCUCAUUAAAAACAGGGAAGAGCAGCUGCCAUCGUCAUUCACGCAACUGGCUUCGCUGACCAGGUUGGAGCUAGAUCGGUGCGCGAUUGCCGAGCUUCCUGCGGGGAUGGCAGAGAUGACAAACCUGCAGGAGCUCCACAUUCUGAAGUGUCCGGCCUUCAAGGAGCUUCCGGAAUGUGUGACGGCGCUCACCAGCCUUCAAUUGCUGAGGAUUCAAGAGUGUCGCCGUCUCUCAUCGGUUCCCAGGAGGCUGGACAGCCUUACUAGGCUGAAGCAGUUGGAGCUGAGGGGAUGUUGGCUGCUGAGAGAAGCCCCUCAAGCUCUGCCUCUCACUCUCUAG